CAUCAUUAAACCCGGAUAGUCAUUUGUGAAUUUACCUUUGAUCAGGGUUCGAAUUCAUAAUCUAACGGAUUUACCUAUGGCCAGUCAGUGUUUGUAGUUGGAUACUAUUCGUGUGGAUAUCUUUUAAAAAUGGCGGAAGCGAUCAAUGGCGAUGGAGGGAUUAAGCUUACGACUUUUGACAAAGAAGAUGACCAUGACGACGUGGAGAAGGAGGUCGACAUCGAGAACAUCGCCCAGCAGAGAGCUGAUGAUAUCAUGAAGGAGACAUCGAGUAGGGUUAUGUAUGCCGUGGGGGACAGACCGCCUUGGUACACGACUAUUAUACUCUCGUUCCAGAAUUCUCUAGGAAUGUUUAGUGGCGCCCUCUCCAUGCCCUUGGUUGUCGCUCCGUACCUAUGCAUCCUGGAUGAUCACUACAGCCUGUCACGUGUCUUUGCGUCAACAUUCUUCGUCGCUUCAAUACAGACACUGUUGCAGACUACCUUCGGUGUCCGAUUACCCAUAGUUCAAGGACCGACAAUGACCUUCGUCCUUCCAAUGUUUACUCUGAUGUCACUCCGGGGUGAAUGCCCUGUAAUUGGAGAUCCUAUUGGUAAUGAAACCAAUGUCACGGUAACGGUAGAGGAUGUCAGAUCAGAAUUCCGGAUACGAAUGAGAGAGUUCCAAGGGGCUCUGUUGAUAGCUUCCCUGUUCGAAACCCUUGUUGGUUUCCUCGGCAUCGUAACCCUGGUCAUGAGAUUCAUUGGACCGAUAACCAUAGCACCAACAGUAGGACUGAUCGGAUUCUCACUGUUUGAAAUCGCAAUCCUGCAAGCCGAGAGUAAUUGGGGAAUAUCUGCAUUCGUGGCAAUCUUGGUAGUGAUUUUCUCCCAGUACAUGGAGCGUCUGAUGGUGCCUUGUUUAUCCUACUCUAAGGAGAAAGGCAUCCACAUCUCUCGGUUUCCCGUAUUCAGAAUAUUCCCGAUCCUUCUGGCAACUCUAUUAGGAUGGCUGCUUUGCUACAUUCUGACCAUCACGGAAGUAUUUCCUAGUGACCCGGAAGCAGCAGGUUACCGAGCCAGGACAGAUCUCAGAGACGAAUCCUUCCGAGAAACCGACUGGUUCUUUUUCCCAUCUCCAGGCCAGUGGGGUGCUCCUACCUUCAAAAUUGGUGGAAUCCUCGGAGUAACAGCUGGUACAUUUGCCUCCAUCAUUGAAUCUAUUGGAGAUUACUACGCAUGCGCAAAGUUGGCCGGAGCGCCACCCCCACCCGGUCAUGCGUUGAACCGGGGAAUCGGUAUGGAAGGACUUGGCGGAUUCUUUUCGGCAUUAUGGGGUACCGGUACCAGUUCUACGUCAUAUAGUGGUAAUGUUGGUUACAUCGGCAUAACGAAGGUUGGAAGCCGACUUGUUAUACAGGGAAUGGCACUAAUACUAUUAUCGGGAGCUUUUCUUCUGAAAGUUAGCGCCUUUUUUGCCCUUAUUCCUGUACCGGUUGUAGGCGGGAUAUUUGCAGCCACCAUAGGUAUGAUUGCCGCUGUCGGUAUGGCAAAUCUCCAAUAUAUCGACAUGAACUCACCCCGUAAUCUCUUCGUUGUUGGGAUCUCUUUUUUCUUGGGUCUCGCUCUUCCACAGCAUAUUCAAAGAAAUCCCACAAUUAUCCAAACAGGAUCAGACACACUUGACCAAGUUCUGCUUGCGGUCCUAUCAACGAGUAUGUUUGUGGGUGGUGCAGUUGCUUGUUUUCUGGACAACACUGUACCAGGAACGAUCGAAGAGCGAGGAAUGAUUAAAUACUGGAAGUUAUACGAUGAUGACAAGUAUGCAGGAGAAUACGACGAAGAAACCGAGGGAAAGAUUGAAAAGGAGGUAACUCGCAUUGUCAAUGAGUGUUAUGACAUGCCAUUUGGUAUGGCUCGCCUUCGUAGCUGGUCCUGGUCCUAUUAUGUGCCGUUUAGUCCAACGUUUAAGGGAUUUAAUACCCGAUGUGGCUGCAAGAAACGAGAGGCGAAGGCCUCGUAGGUGAUAAUGGAACAUAUCUUUAUUAAGGAGAGUCUACCCGGAAUGGAUAGUCGUUUCAUGAAAAGAGAGAGAGAUAAUAGGUGGAAAAUCGACAUACUGAAAUAAGAAAAUUAAGAUCUUUUUAUUUGGUUCAAAAACAUGCCAUGCUCGAGUGAUAGGGUCAAGAGAAAUUAUGAAUUGGCUCCGAAGUGUCAGAAAUCACAUCUUAUCAGAGUUUUAGUCAGUACGAUAUUUUUGUUUGUAUAUGUACGUAUUUGAAUAUUCUAUAAAUUGGAAAUUAUGUAUAUACAUGUAUAUUAGUUUUAUACUAAUCCGAUAGCAACAUGUUUAGGAAAAAAUAUAAUGACAAGCAAGUACACGACAAAUACAAGAAUUUCCCUCUUUCGCGUGUCAAGAUCUACUUUUAAAAUUUAUGGUUUUAAGGAUUUACAUUCUUUUAUUUCAUUUUGAAAAUGGGCAAAACUUUCUUGUUUUAUAACAUAUACAUGUAUGCAAGGGCUGACAAUUUGUCCGAGUGUGGAGGGUUACCCAUGUACAAAUUUAUCACCUAUUUGUGACAGUAAUUUUGUUAAACUGAAAUAUCUCAAUAAUAUGUCAUAUCAACUACACUAUAAAAAGAGCUGGUCAAAAGUAUUGUUUUGGUGAAAUUGUAUUCCCGAUCGGUCAUAUCUCACAAAUUUGUUUCAUAAAAAUCGGUGAAUAUUUUCGAUUCUCAACAAAUGUUUACCUUACGAGUGUAUCGAAUGAAUUAAAAUGGGAUAAAUGUCAAAACAUUUUUGCAGGUGGAAUUACACACACAAAAAAAAAACCUUCCGGUGUAACGUAUUCAAAUCAAGUAUAAUUACACGAUUUAUAUACAGAUAUAUAAAAGGAACUGCUUAAAACUUGAGGUAAAUGAAGAUUUACUACGUAUGUGAAUACAUACUUUUAUGAAGUGAUAUAUGCACAUUAAAAUUUAGUGAUAAUUCAUUAUCGCAUCAGUUCUCACGUACAUUUAGAGGUGUGGAGUUCUAUGUCAUUAGGUUGAAUUCCAGCUGCCAAAUAUCAAAAUAAUUUCAUUAGUAUACCUUCCUCGUAUAUGUGUG